CCCGCCUGUCAUCGGUUGACUGCGACUGUGAAUCGCGCCAGCCCACAGAGCGCCCUUGGCCAGCUGCAAAAGUGUCGUCACACCACGCUCGCUCAACCAAGCCCGCAAAAUGCCUGCUCGACGAACUAGCCGCGCAGCUGCAAAGCGCGCCCAGCAAGCGCUCGAGAGUACGCCCAAGACGUUUGACGGAAUCGACGAUGACGAUGAGCCCAUGCCCGAUGCCACCGAACCACAAGGAGACACGGCGCCCGAGCGGGAAGGAGGAGAGGAGGCAGAGAAGGACGACGGUUCUGCCGCCGAGGAAGAAGCCCGGGAGGAGGAUGAGGAAUCCGCCAAGUCUCCAACUCCGCCGCCCGAGCCUGUCAUCCGUCGCCGACGGCUAGGACGACCUCCCAAGAACCGUCCGCCGGAUUGGGACACCUUGCCGAUCGAGCCUCCUAACCCGGAUGCUACUCCGCGUCGCCGAGGUCGGGGAGGAUGGCGUGGCCGGGGCGGCCGCAAGGGCCAACACUAUCAGCCUACGCAGCAGUCGAUUGACAAGGAUGGCACCGUCUUGGAUAUUGUCAAUGACGAGGUCGAUCUGCCCGAGGAUCCCGAGGGCGAGAAGAAGGUCGACAAGCUGGGCAACCUCCUUGGGGGCCGCGAGUACCGGUGCCGCACCUUCACGGUCAUCGGCCGCGGCGACCGCCUCUACAUGCUUUCCACCGAGCCCGCCCGGUGCGUUGGCUUUCGGGACUCAUACCUCUUCUUCACAAAGCACAAAAAGCUGUACAAGAUCAUAGUCAACGACGAAGAGAAGCGCGACAUGAUCGAGCGCGAAAUAAUUCCGCACAGCUACAAAGGCCGUUCGAUAGGUAUCGUGACGGCCAGGUCAGUGUUCCGUGAGUUUGGCGCACAAAUCAUUGUCGGCGGGCGCCGGAUCAUCGACGACUACGAGGUCGCCAAGGCGCGCGAGGAGGGUGUGGUGGAAGGCGAGCUAGCUGACCCAACGGACGUCUACGACCCGGACAAGCCGUAUAACAAGAACCAGUACGUUGCGUGGCACGGCGCUAGCGCCGUCUACCAUUCAGGAGGCCAAUCUGUCCCCCAGCAGAACGUCAAGGCCGACACCAAGAAGCGGCGUGUGGCCGUCAACGAUGUAAACUGGCAGCUGGAGCACGCCCGCGAGGCAAGCCAGUUCAACAGCAUGCUGUCCGCGGUCCGCCGCGCCAACCUGAACGGCGUCUACGACAUCCACACCAACCAGAUGCACUACCCGCGCAUCAUGCAGCCGACACACGCGCGUAUCGAGCAGAUUGUGGACGUCGACGAACCCGACCAGUCCACCACCACACCAACGACCUUCCCCCCGAUCAAGCCGUCCAUCUCGCGCAACUUCCUCAUCAUGGACACGCACCUGGAGGCGCCGCCGGCGGGCGUGUCGGCGGCGGCGUACGAUGUGCCGUUCCGCACGUCGCAGGCGGACCACGAGGCGUCGGAGGCCGCCGAUUUCUUGUCGCCCUUUCGCGGCCUGCGGGCCGUGCCCGACGACGUGCGCGACCUGCUGCCGGAGGAGUGCCGGCGCGCGUUUGAUGACGCGCGGCAGAAGGAGGACAGCUGGUUCGCCAGGUGGGGCGACGAGGCCCGGGCGACUUCGAGACGUGAGCCAGUCGUGGAUAAGGCGAUCGUGCCUUAUUCGAUGAUGAUUGCUUGAAGAUGAAGAUGAAAAGAAAGUGGAACGGGGAUGGUUUUAUUUUGUUGACUUG